UAGAGAUGGCAGGCUUGGUGUUUUAUACGAAAAGGAAAGUUCCAGUGUAAAACAGCCAUGUUUCACAACUUGGUUGGCUCUCCAUGCGUGUAGGCAAUCCAAUCCAGUAAAACCCCAGAGAGCCAAAAGUCACCCCUUUUUUCUCUCAAACAAAAAAUGAACUUCCUUUACAUCUUUGCACUCACUCUCCUUAUCUCUGUCCUUUCUCCUUCCACUUCUUCUUCUGACAUCUCUCAACUGUUUGAAACGUGGUGUAAAGAACAUGGUAAAUCAUACACUUCGCAGGAAGAAAGGUCUCAUAGACUUAAAGUCUUUGAAGACAACUAUGAUUUUGUUACAAAACACAACAGCAAGGGUAAUUCUUCUUAUUCCCUUGCUCUCAAUGCCUUUGCUGAUCUAACCCAUCAUGAGUUCAAGACUUCUCGGUUGGGACUCUCUGCUGCUCCUCUGAAUCUUGCUCAUCGGAAUCUAGAAAUUACUGGGGUUGUUGGUGAUAUCCCUGCUUCGAUUGAUUGGAGAAAUAAAGGGGUUGUGACCAAUGUCAAGGACCAAGGGAGCUGUGGUGCUUGUUGGUCGUUCUCAGCUACUGGAGCCAUCGAAGGCAUUAAUAAGAUUGUCACUGGAUCUCUUGUUAGCCUUUCAGAACAAGAGUUGAUUGAGUGUGAUAAAAGUUACAAUGAUGGUUGUGGGGGUGGACUCAUGGACUAUGCAUUCCAAUUUGUCAUAAACAACCACGGGAUUGAUACCGAGGAAGAUUAUCCAUAUCGAGCUCGGGAUGGGACCUGCAAUAAGGACAGGAUGAAAAGGCGUGUUGUGACUAUUGAUAAAUAUGUUGAUGUGCCUGAAAACAACGAGAAACAGCUCUUACAAGCUGUGGCAGCUCAACCUGUGAGUGUGGGUAUAUGCGGCAGUGAGAGAGCAUUUCAGAUGUAUUCAAAGGGGAUUUUCACUGGCCCAUGUUCAACUUCUUUGGAUCAUGCUGUAUUGAUUGUAGGAUAUGGGUCAGAAAAUGGAGUGGAUUACUGGAUUGUGAAGAACUCAUGGGGAACUGGUUGGGGAAUGCGUGGUUAUAUGCAUAUGCAGCGCAAUAGUGGCAAUUCUCAAGGGGUCUGUGGUAUCAACAUGCUGGCUUCUUAUCCAGUAAAGACGAGCCCAAAUCCACCACCUCCACCCCCACCAGGACCCACUAAAUGUAAUCUUCUUACUUACUGUGCAGCAGGAGAAACCUGCUGCUGUGCUCGCAAAUUUUUUGGAAUUUGCAUUUCAUGGAAAUGCUGUGGAUUGGAUUCUGCCGUAUGUUGUAAGGAUCGACUCCACUGUUGCCCCCAUGAUUACCCAGUUUGUGACACGGACAAGAACAUGUGUUUUAAGCGUGCUGGUAAUGCCACAAGAAUGGAGGCAAUAGAGGGAAAAACCUCUGGGAAGUUUGGCAGUUGGAAUUCCCUUCCUGAAGCCUGGAUUCAGUGAAGCCCCCAUUACAUCAGGGAAUUUUCGUGCCAUGCUUCCGUUGUUGUACGGUUCCAUGCUAAAGGGAAAAGACUCUUGAUUCAGAUGUAAAACUACGUGCACGCUAGAGCCUGUUGGUUUAAAGCAUCAGAAUUCGUUAGUGGAUGAAGGGAGGAGUUUGAAAAAUUAUGUCGGAUCAGAUUGAUCAACGGGGUAGAUAAAGAUUAUUAUGGGCAUGUUUUUGGAUGUACUUUUUCCAUACACACCAUUUUCUUCUUGUGUAUUUAUCUUCCAGUUGGGCCAAAAUCUUGAAUAUUUCUUGCAUGGUUGCACCA